AUGGAUAUAGAAAAUCUGCAACAGCAACAGCAACAACUGCAACAGCAACUACAACAGCCGCAGUACUGCUGCCAGACCCUCAAUGAACAGAGAUUCAUAUGUAUCGACUGUAAUAGUCUGACAUUGACCAACACUAGCAAGAGUGUCAGUGAUUACUUCAAACAACUACAUGACAUGCUCGUGAUUGAAGAACACAAGAUCAACUCAACAAUCAAUGACAGAUUACAACAAACAUCAACAAACAUUCACAAUAUCAUCAAUGAGAUCAAGAACAUCAACAAUAUAUUCAAACAGACUGUGGCCGCUGACAACAACGAUGACCUGAUGGAGACAGACACAGACAUUGAUAUUGAAUUGGUUAAAUCAAUAACAUCAUGCACAUCACUCGAUCAGUUCAUCGAACAAACAUACCCAACAACCUCAUCAUCUGACCCUGUGAUUGGGAUCACAGACAUUGAACUUCUGACAUUGGUCCAGCGCACAAUUCAAACGAUGAACACGUCACAGCAUCAACUAGUUCGACCCCUCUCAGUCCAGAUUGACACCAACAGAUUGAAUGACAUCAAUGAUCAACUGAGCUUGUGCUUUCAGCUGUUGGAGGACUCGGACAAGUACACUGACGAACUCGAGAAUCAGGUCAUGUUCAUCAAUAGCACAUCCUACACACUGUUCUCGCCAAUGACCAACAAGUGGACAUUAAUCGGACUCAAGGGAAUUGACAACAUCUACCAACGUGGCUCAUCUUCAGUGUACGCUCGUGGCAAUAUCUAUGUGUUUGGAACAAGUGUUGAUGACAACCCGCCACCUACAUACUCUGUAUUCUCGGUGGUCGAUGGGCAAUGGCGCCACGCCAUACCACUCGAUGGAGUAGUCGAUCCAGAUGGGUUCGAAUACAUGUCGGCUGCAUGCUUCGAUGGAGACAAGCUCAUCUAUUUGAUUGGCCACGUGACCCCUGGUGGCUAUCGACAGUCUAGAGUGUACAGCCUCAACAUUGACAACCCGGAUCAUCUCAUUCAUGUCGGCAAUCUCGAAGAAGGCUGCAUAACGACUUACUUGUUCAAACAUUUCGACACAUUGUAUUGCUUGGACAAUGAUUCGGACCAUCAUUCAAUCAGUGUGUUCGACCUUAAGACCAAAGAGCCAGUGCAUUGGUGCUAUCUGGAGGAUGAUGUCGACGCAUGUACACUCCACGAGGACAAGCUGUACAUCCUGUUUGUGGGAGGUCGCCUCAUCAGCAUGUCAUUGUCCAGGAAGAAGACGACGUUGGACCAAUCGACAGAGUUGGCAUCAAUAACAACGAUUACAAAGAGGAAGGAUGUUGUUGAUGUUGAUGACGUCGACGAUGAUGAUGAUGACAAUCUUAAUGAUCAACAACAACAAAGAUAUAAUAACAUGGUAACAUCAACAUCGGAACCUGGAACAUUGUUGGUACUCAAAGGCGGUGAUAUGAACUACAAGUACUCCAUCGAGAAUGACACAUGGUCAAAGAUCCAAGUCCAAGACAUGGUUGUAGCAGAGUUUGGUUGGACUGUUACCUGUGUCAUCUCUGACAAGCCACGUCCAAUCCAUACUUAA